AUGGGAAAUGCAUUAAAUGAUAUUGGUGAUAAUUAUGACUUUAAAUUCAUUCAAAAAGUUUAACAUUCACUUUUUGGUCAAAUAGACAUAUUAGAAUGCUAAAUCUAAGAUUUUCCUGAUAUUGAACAAUAUAUGAGAGUCAUUCCAAAAUUAAAUAAUUAAGAUUAUAUUGCUUUUAUUAAAAGGUAUAUAAAAUUGUAGAAUCUUCAUAAACAUGAAUUGACAUCUCCAUUUCUAAUAUACAUCUCAAAUAAUAUAUUUGAAUAUCCAUCACAUUCAUUAUAUGAUGAAAUUUAAGUAAAAAGAUAACAAGGAACACAAUUUGCAGAAUCUGAAUUAUGGUAUCUAGCUAAGAAUUUGAUUGCUGGAUAUUCCAUAUAUCUUUAAAUUCCAGAACUAGUCAAAUAAACUUAAUUAAAUCUACAUAAUAUAUUUAUAACUAAAAAAGGACAUAUUAAAUUAAGUUUACAUACUUUGUUUUUAAUAAAUUCAACUAACUUUAAAAAUCUAUAUAUUGAAGAAUCAUAAUAUAGUCAUAAGAUUAGUAAAGAAAUAGGUUUAAUAUUACUUGAAGCUAGUUGUUUAUCUUUUGAAGAUAGUAUUAAAGUGAUGGAUAUGUAUUAUUCUAUUGAGUAUUCAAAUUUUGUUAAAGAUAUGAUUGGAGAUACAAAAUCAUUAUAAUAUUUUCAAAAUUAUCAAAUGAGUAAGAAGAUAUCUAAAACAAUAUAUGGAGAAUCAUAAUUAAAAAAGACUACAACAUUACUUGCUCAAUAAACUAAAUCAUUAAAAUAAUCACAAAUUAUUGAAACUUAUCAUAUUAAAUCACCUGUCAAAACAGAUCCAAAUCAAUUUGAUUAAGUUUCUAAAAUUGCAAGUAUACCUGAAGUAAAUGAAUAAGAUUAAAAGAAAUCAUAACAAUUAGAUUAUUUUUCUGGUAGAAAAUCAACAUAACCUAUACAAAAUAUAUAAUCUGAAAUUUACUAUCAUUCUAAAUAAUAAUCAUUAUAAAUAAAUGAUUAAUAACCUAAUAUAAUUCAAUUUAUUGAUAAUUCAAAUCUUAAAUUAAAUACUAAUUAACCUGUAAUUCAAAAUUUUGAUGUUUUAGAUGAAAAAUUUAAUUAAAGAUUUUGGAAAGCAAUUGAUUAAGCAAAGAGAUAAGUCUUAAUUUAUGAAUAAAGAAGUAAAUAGAUAUAUUGA